AUGGAGUUGGUCGAAAAAUUUAAAGGCACACAAUUCGACGAGCAAAGUUUGCAUACUGUAGGUUCCCUGUUUUGCCUGAAAAUUUCAGAUUUUUUCCAGCUCGCGAAGAAUUUGAUUGGAGCAAAAAAUGGAGAUGAAGAGGAUUAUCAGAGGGUUUUGGAUGAGUUUAUGGAUGGGUUGAGUGAGGAGAAGCAGAAGGUUUUUGGAGAGCGGUUUUAUGAUGAAAUGUGAGUGGUUUUGGGGUGGAAAUGAGCUGGAAACCGUGAAAAAUGGACAAAAAUAAGCUGGAAACCAUGAAAAAAAAUUUAAAAAAAUUCCGCCCCGAACCGGGAUCGAACCCAUGACCUGCAGAUUCAAAGGCGCGCGCGCUAACCAUUCGGCCACGCGCUCCUCUCUCCUCUACGCGAAAUGUUUGGUAAAUGAAACGAGGCGCAAAAUUGAGCGGGGCCCUUUUCAAGGCCCCCCGCUAGACCGGGCCAUCGUAAAUUUUCUCCCGGUGACCAUCAUUUCUUGCGAUGUCACCGCGGAUGGAAAAUCUAUCAUGGCCCAAAAUCGCGGGCUUUUUAGGCCUAGACCAUCGUAAAUUUUCUCCCGGUGACUAAUUUUCAUCAUUGCAUUGGUCACCGCGGAUGGAAAAUCCACUAUGGUCAAAUGGCCUUGGGCCUGAAGGCCCAAGGCCCAGCCUGACCGCAGGCCUUUGUAAAUUUUCACCCGGUGACACCAAACUACACACAUUCGUGGGUCACCGCGGUCCGAAAAUCUACCAAGGCCCCCUGGUUUCGGGCCGGGGCCUAAAAAAUUCAGACCUAGGCCAUCGUAAAUUUUCUCCCGGUGACAAAUCUCCAUCAUUUCAUUGGUCACCGCAGACAGGAAAAUCCACCAUGGCCCGGGCCUUUGUAAAUUUUCACCCGGUGACACCAAACUACACACAUUCGUGGGUCACCGCAGUCCGAAAAUCUACCAAGGCCCGAUUCGGCCCCCCAAUAGAAAAUGGCCCGACUCUCGGCCUUUGUAAAUUUUCACCCGGUGACAAAGGCGCGUUGCUAGGUCACCGCGGUUGGAAAAUCUACCAAGGCCGAGUCGGGCCGGCCCACGAAGCCUAGGCCAUCGUAAAUUUUCACCCGGUGACUAAAAAUGUUUUGGUCACCGUGGUCCGAAAAUCUACCAUGGCCCGGUCCGAAUUGGGCCCAGAAUAAUAAUAAAAAUACAUAGGUAUGUAGUAAUAAUAGAAAGUGAUGGAGAAUAUUUGUUUUCGAGUUGACCCCGACCUUUUAUACCGAAAAACGCGGCAGGCCACGCCCCUUUCCAUCGGACCAUCACCAUCUGCGUCUCUUCGCACAACGCCAAUCUCUCGUCGAGAGUGUGAGGCGAGAGAGUGUGGGAUAUGGAGAGACACAGAGAGGGACAUGGUGUUUUGGGAAGUGUUGGUGAUGAUGGCGUUGGUUGGUGCAACGGGAAAAAAAUUGGCUGUGGGAAGGGGGGUUGAUUUUUUGAAUGUGGGGAUCAAUUUUGGGAAAAUUUGGGGGAAAUGGAAAGGAAAUUUGAGAAUUUAAGAGAUUUUUAGCUGAAAUUGAUGCUGAAAAAGGUGUACUGAAUCUGAAAUUUUCAGAUGGAAUUUUAAGCCUUUCAGGAAUCUAAAAAUAUUUGAAAAUUUCGUGAUUUUGAACAUUUACGAGAUUUUCAGUUGGAUUAUCUCAAGUUGGGCUAACUUGAGCUGAAAUUUGAAAAUUUACGAGAUUUUCAGUCGGAAAAGACUUUCAGCUUACUAAUAUUUGAAAAUAUUGCAAGUUAGGAUAACUUGAGCUGGAACUAGAGCUCAAUUUCGGAAAUUCAAGAAAUUUUAAGCUGAAAAAAACGCUGAACUAUUUAAAGUCUAAUUUCAGCUUUACAGAUUUAAAAUAUCGCAACUUAGGCUAACUUAUAGCUGAAACUUAAGCUGAAAUUUGAAAAUUAACCACAUUUUUAGUUAGAAUAUAGCAACUUAGGCUAAAUUAGUUAAACUGGAGCUGAAAGUUGAAAAUUUACGAAUUUUUAAGUUAGAAUAUCUCAAGUUAGGCUAACUUACAGCUGAAAUUCGGGAAAUUAAAGAACUUUUCAGUUGUAUUAUCGUAAGUUAGGCUAACUUGAGCUGAAAUUCAAAAAUUUAAGACAUUUCCAGCUGAAAAAAACCCUCAGCUUCCCAAUUUUUGAAAAUUUCACAAAUUAAGCUAACUUCAGCUCUGCCAUUUUCUACUGGAGCCAAAAUAUUAGAAAAUUUUAACGCGAGUUAGGCUAACUUUAAUCGAAGCCAUGGAAUCGCCCGGUCUAGAAUUUAGGCUAAUUCUAAGCCCUGAAUUUUAGGCUGAAACUAGAUCAGGCCUUAAAUUUGAAAAACUUGAGCAAAAUAAAAUACUUGGUCUUAAAUUUUCUAAGCUCGAGUUAUGACGUGGCAAAAAAACCUAUAUAUAUUUGUUUGAAAAAUCAGACGAGCCUGAUUCAUUUCGAGGCCCAGAAAAAAUUGAGCUAUGACGUGGCAAUUUGACUUAGCCUAACAUAAGUCAAUCAAUACCCCCUAUCCCCCUUCCAAAAAACAAAAAUAAUAAUUGACCCCUAAAAAGCGGGACCUUCAAAACAGCCUAUUUACAAAAGAUUAUUAUCAUUCAAUAUUAUCGUAAAAAAAGGUAUGAUAAUAAUGACUAAACUAUAAUUAACCUAGUACAUUCAAAAAAUUACUAGGGACCUGUUUUUUUCAGAAAAACCAAAUUCGUGACUGAAAAAAUCAACAAAGUGCUGGCGCUUCAUUUAAAUUCGGAGCAAAUUCAAAAACUUCGAAAUGUCUUGAUGGCUGGCGAGGAAUUUGAUGCAAGUCGCGAUGAUAUGCUUCUAGCCCUGAUUCAGGAAUUCAGUCAGGUUGGUCAUGGAUUUUCAGCCAUUUUCAGCCAUUUUUUGACGAAAAUGCGGGAUUUUCAGCCAUUUUCCACCUAAAAUCGGCUGAAAAUUCAAUUUUUCAAAAUUCCAGGACUCUUCCAUCGAUCAGGCUCACAUCAAAAUCGAAUCGGUUUUCGUCGAUCUUCAACACUUCAACAAAAAGAAUCCGGGAUGGCUGGAAAAAGUGGAAAAAUCGAUGGCGAAAAUUGCGAAUUUUAAUAUUAUUCAUGAUGAAAUGUGA